UGCACACAGCGUGACUUUUACAGAAAUGUGCCAUUACACGACAAUGUCAGUUAUUCAGGAUAACACCUGGCUUCUUCGAUAAAAAGCAGUAGUUCUCCAGCUUUCAGAGUGAGUGUGUGAGAGAGGAUCUGAAUUUGCCAUUGUAGAGAGAGAAAUUGAAGAGAGAGAGAGAGAGAGGAGAUGGGUACGGAUGUGGUUGUGAUGCAACAUGGUUCGAAUGAGGUGAAACCAGGUGUGGACCAUGGUUGCUGCAAGAAGGGACCUGGGUACGCCACUCCACUCGAGGCCAUGUCUAAAGGCCCAAGAGAAUCCCUCAUCUAUGUCACAUGUGUCUACUCAGGAACAGGAAUUGAGAAGCCUGACUACCUUGCAACAAUUGAUGUUGAUCCAAGCUCACAUACUUAUUCAAAGGUGAUCCACAGGUUGCCUAUGCCUAAUAUAGGUGAUGAACUACAUCAUACUGGGUGGAAUGCCUGUAGUUCUUGCCACGGAGAUCCGUCAGCAGCCCGUCGUUAUCUUGUCCUUCCUUCGCUAAUAUCUGGUCGCAUAUAUGCAAUUGAUACACUCAAAAAUCCAAGGUCUCCCGCUUUGCAUAAAGUAGUUGAACCUGAAGAUAUUUUACAGAAGACUGGAUUAGCAUAUCCACACACAUCUCACUGCCUUGCAUCUGGUGAUUUGAUGGUGUCAUGCCUUGGAGAUAAAGAUGGAAAUGCCGAGGGGAAUGGGUUUCUUCUGCUUGACUCAGAGUUUAAUGUGAAAGGAAGAUGGGAAAAACCGGGGCAUAGUCCGCUUUUUGGGUAUGAUUUCUGGUACCAACCCCAACACAAGACCAUGAUAAGCACAUCAUGGGGAGCCCCGGCAGCUUUCACCCAAGGUUUCAACCUUCAGCAUGUUUCCGAUGGUCUUUACGGGCGCCAUUUGCAUAUCUACAACUGGCCUGAUGGUGAACUAAAACAGACAUUGGAUCUUGGAAAUACAGGGCUCCUACCCUUGGAGAUAAGAUUUCUGCAUGAUCCAACUGAAAGUACAGGGUUUGUUGGGUGUGCCUUAACUAGCAACAUGGUGAGAUUCUUCAAGAACCCUGAUGACUCAUGGUCCCAUGAGGUUGCAGUAUCAGUGAAACCACUAAAGGUGCAAAACUGGAUUCUUCCUGAAAUGCCCGGACUUAUAACUGAUUUUCUGAUGUCUCUUGAUGACCGUUAUCUCUACUUAGUGAACUGGCUUCAUGGAGAUGUCAGACAGUAUAGCAUCGAGGAUCCUAAGAAUCCCGUGCUGAAGGGCCAAGUAUGGGUUGGAGGGCAGAUUCAAAAAGGCAGCUCUGUACUGGCUGAAGCUGAAGAUGGUUCGACGUACCAGUUUGAUGUCCCAGAGAUUCAGGGAAAUCGGUUGAGAGGAGGACCUCAGAUGAUACAAUUGAGCUUAGAUGGGAAGCGGCUCUACAUUACAAACUCACUCUUCAGUACAUGGGACCGUCAGUUUUAUCCUGAACUCAUGGAAAAAGGUUCCCACAUGUUACAGCUUGAUGUUGAUACUGAGAAAGGUGGUCUUGCAAUAAACCCUAACUUCUUCGUUGACUUCGCCUCCGAACCUGAUGGUCCUUGCCUCGCCCACGAGAUGAGAUAUCCAGGUGGUGACUGCACUUCGGACAUAUGGGUUUAAUCAGAGCUUGAAUCCUUUUUAAAAUGGUCAUGUUUAGCAAUGAAAAAGGCAUGUUUUGUCAGAAAACAAUUUUAUGUUUUGAGUUCUUGAGAACUAUUUCUUUAGUGACAAACCAAGCAAGCCCUAGUUGAAUGAAAACAAUAAGGUAUAUAUGUCAAGUAUAGUGGCACUAGUUGAUGGAUGAAAUAAAGGUACUCCUUGAACAUACUACUGUAAUAAUAUGAGCCUCUGAUUUUAAA